GAACUCGUCACUUUCACAUCCAACCAAGGGAGCCAAGCCAGAGUUGAAUGUUGGCCUACAGCUUCCGUAAUCUCUCUGUUCAAGGAUAACUCAACGUCUGCUUAUACGUAACCCUCCUGCACCCAGCAAGGCAUUAUCAGGAAGGAAACCUACCAUGACAGAGCCUCCUUGACCGCAACACCAACAUUGACAGCAACAUAGCAUUGCCAGGUUUCGACUAAGAUACACAAAGACGAUCAGAAAUACCUUUGGCGCAGCUUAUGGCUGAUAUUUCCGAUUCCGUUGACCCGACAAUGCCAGUCCCGGAAUCGACGGUGCCCUCAAAGGACGCUAAUGCUGAGUCUUCAACCUUGACCCAUGAGACGGCCAGUGGGGAGCAUGAGGAUAUGCCGCCUUUGGAGGGGGAAACCGUUGGUCCCCAGCCGGUAUCCUUACCGAAAUCGCCAGCGGCGAUUGCCCAUGCCCUCGGUGGUGGUGACGUCGUCCUUAUCCUCGAUCUCCCAGAGGUAUUCACCAUCGGUUACGACUGCGUCUCAUUCACAGCUAAACACUUUGGGGGUGUCAAAGACAUCCCGCCUGGGGCGCACUUGGUAUGGGUGGCUCAUCCCAACGGAACCUCAGUGCGAUGCGGUGCUUGGAUAACGAGCUCUACGCAACACAAGGUCCAUGUCUUACAGUGGGACAAAUACAACGAGAUCCUUACUGUGCCGAGCAGCGCGGAGGCGCGAAUACAAGCGAACAGUCUGGCAAAUAUUCAUUCCAAAUUGAUACCCUACGGUGAUCCAGCAUCAGUCAAUGAUCAACAACAAGGCACGCAUAUCCAAGGCGCAGCCCAUGACGACAACGAGGUCAUAUGGAAUAGGCUCACCAGUUGUAUCUCGGAGACAUUGCUCAACCGACUCACCGGGCAACAUAAUGGCGAUUGGUUCGUAAGCACCGUCGACAAAGUCAGAGGCGUUGCUCUGAUACCUGCAGAGAUCGAGCUUGAGAAUCGCAUCUCGAGCUCACUUCAAGGCCGCGACCUGAACUUCAUAUUCUCACAAACAGCCAAGACGUAUUCGGCUGCUGGUGUCGGCUCCUUGCGCACUCAGGAGGCUACUGAUGCGUCGCAUCAUAUCAUCUCUACGUUGGCGGAUCCCGAAAAGGCGCUGAGCGAAGACGACUUUAUUGGCGAGUUCCAAUUCGCAUACAUUGUUGGAACACACAUGGGCAAUGACGCCUGCCUGCAGCAAUGGUGGUAUAUGCUGCUCAAAUUGAUUUUGCGCUCCUAUUCUCUCAUCGCUGAUCGACCGGCUCUCGUGGAAGCAUUGCUGCGCAGCUCCGCUGCACAAAUCAACCACAGCCUGAAGCAUCUCGAGACAUCUGUUUUCGACUACAGCGAGCGGCAGUCGCGGGACCUACGUCUGGCAUUGACCAUCUACAAACGCCGACUUCAGGAGGAUGGACUAGGCACGCCCUCUGUCAACCUUGCGCUCUCGCAGAUAGAAGCAGCCGUCGUUCAGUCACCGCUAGGUUGGGACAUCAACAAGGACAGCUACAUCCGUCAAGGCACCUUCAUGACCGAAGAUGGCGAUAUUGUUGCCAUGGAGACGACUGAUCUGGAGGCUGAGGACGAACGCGGUGAAUUUGCCCCUGAAGUGGUGGAAUUAGAUGAGUCGGGUAGAGAGAAAGGCCUCGUAUCGUGGACAAACUAGGUACGCGAGGCGAUGCGUCGCGUGGGGCUCAAAGACAGAAGAAGAGGAUCUACAAGACACCCUAUGAUCGAUAGUUGGGAUGGUGAAGCGAGGACGAAUAGGUCCAGCAAGCAGACCGGUUCCAGUUCUGCAAGAUGCAGUGUUGCCCAUGCAACUGCCAAAGGCCUGCGUGACCAAAGAAAGUGCGAGGAAUAGGAUGCUCAGCACUGAGUGUCAAAGGCAUUGGAUUUG